GAGCGCGUGUUUGGGAUGGAACGUGCGCUCAUUGCAGCGGUGUUCGUGCAGCAAGUAAGCAAGCGCAACGUAAACAUACAAUAAUAAUACACAGCAUACGUGUAAACCGUUGUUACAUGCGCGAGGUUGGCCUUGCGGGAGCAACGUGUCUUUUUUUCAAUUGCAGUGGUUGCUUCAAUGCAUUUGCAAUUAUUAGCAGGAGCGAAAUAGGUACGAAUAGGUUUUAGUUUGACGCGCGAGCAGGCGCUUUAGUCUUAGCCCACCCACCACCCCAAUCCUUCCUGGGCUUGUUACUGCUGCAGUAGACAGGUGUGGGACGUAGGAGCAUUCCUACUGAGAAGUGACACCGCCACACCUGCGAGGAGCUGGAUAUACGUGUGUACCUGUAGAGCGAGAGAAGAAGGAAAGAGAGAGAGAGCCAUGGACGUGUUGCCCAGCUACAGCAUCUUCCAGGAGCUGCAGAUAGUGCACGACACGGGCUACUUCUCAGCAAUGCCAUCCCUGGAGGAGACCUGGCAACAGAUCUGCCUGGAAAUGGAGCGGUACCUGCAGACGGAGCCCUGCAUGGGAGGCCGGUGCCCGGCGAGCGGCAGUGAUGCCGAGAAAAGUCCCUGGCAGAGAUUUAUCGCCGCCUGCUCCGAGCAGAGCGAGUCCGCUCUCGUCACAGCGACACCCAUCACGGCUCCGCUGCAGCAGGACCUUGGCGGUGCGGCCGCCACCACCAUUGCUUCCGCUGCAGCUACCACCAUUGCCUCUCCCGUCACCAUUCCAGCUACAGCCGCGGCGUCAUCGUUCACGGACGGCAGAGACCCGUGCCUCACGGCGCAUGGCAGUGCGAGCCCCGCGGGAAGCAGCGGCUCCUGGGACUCGGUGCCAUCACCUGGUGCCGAGGAGCGGCUGAGCGAGGCGAGUGGAAGCCUCACGCCGCCAUCGUCGCCCGAGCACUCGGACCUGCCCGAACUCAACCUUGGACUAGACGAACGGGCAGAGGCAUGUGCCGAGAUUGACUUGGCUGAGACGGCCGCCCUCCACCAUCAGCAACAGCAACACCUUCAGCUCCACCUCCACCUUCAGCAGCAGCAGCAGUCUCAGUUGCACAUCUCACUGCACGACAGCCACACAGAUAAGUUGCAGGUAAAAGCGAUGACUGUGACUGGCAAAUUAGUGGACCCGGAAGGCUCGCCCGAUGGAAAGAAGAGGAUUCACCACUGUCCCUUCAGUGGUUGUCGGAAAGUUUACACCAAAAGCUCCCACCUGAAGGCCCACCAGCGCACACACACAGGAGAGAAGCCGUACAAGUGCUCUUGGGAAGGGUGCGAGUGGCGCUUUGCGCGGAGCGACGAGCUCACACGACACUACCGCAAGCAUACAGGAGCGAAGCCUUUCAAGUGCGCACACUGCGACAGGUCUUUCUCCAGGUCAGACCACCUUGCCUUGCACAUGAAGAGACACCUAUGAGCGGGAUAAUGCGGAAGAAGAUAAUGCGGUUGCUGCGCAUCCAACUGCAGUCAUCCCAGGACAACGUGAAGGAAAAUACGGUGUUUGACUGUAACAAAUACCAUUGGGUCGUCGGGUGGCAAGGCAUCACCGUAUAUUAUAAUCAGACCAACAUACUACUUAACCCUUAAACUAAGUAAAACAUUUGCCAGGCAUUUCUGGCUUGACAAAGGAGCAAGCUGAACAUACUGGCUGGAACAGCCCAGUACCCCAUUAAAGGGUAGAACACACCUCCACAUGUAUAAGUAUUAGUUGUGAACUUUGACAUUUCACCGUUGAACUAGCGAACAUUGUUUUCUUUGGAGGACCGACGAUUGGUAUGCACGACUCCUUAAGCCCUCUUUGCCCUCAUCUCGCCACUUGUCCAAGCCCCCCAAGCCUCAAUUCAAGGAGUGAUGAAGCAAGAUUCAAUGAGAGGACCUCUACGUGACCCUUCGUUAAGAAUGCGAUGUCACUGCUUGCCUGGAAUGAGUGGAUGAAUGGGCUCUGAUCUGUCAUUGACUUUUGCCUUACAACAUCCAGUUACAAAUAGCAUCUAAGAAGAAGAGAAAAAAAUCCCCUUUCUCCUUUCUCACUGGACAUAACCCUUUUCAUCCUCAAACAAACGUCUUUAAUUGGGUUUGGAAUAUUAAUGGUACCAGGCUUAUUGUGUAACCUUGUUACUUUUAAAGAAUGGACUGAGUCAUAUUUAAGGGUGGAAACAGCUCUGUACGUGUUAUUGCACAUCAGGAUGUCUGGCUACUGGUUUCCGCCCUUGAACACGUGACCUGCAGUGCAUCACCACACAAGCCGAGCUCUCGGAAACAUUUGGUAUUCCCACCCAGCUUGGUGCAGAAGGUGCAAAUGUGCGAAUUAGAUUGUGGUUACAUUUAAAAGUACUCAAUUUAAAGGUGAUGCUGAGCAUUGGCAAAUGCAUUUCAGUGAGACAAAUAAAUAAAGCUUCAGAAAAGGAAAGUGAAAGUGUCUGCUAUGCUGAAGGAAGCAAUGGGACAGCACUCGUAUCUACUGGUAUUCCAGAGCUGGUUGUAGAAAUCCCACAUUUCUAAUUUUCCACAGCAGGGCCGGGCUUAAUGAGAGGAUCGCUCUCAUUAUGUGGCACUUAUUUGAUCAAUUCUGGAGUGAUGAGAGGCUGAGUCAGCCAGGAUUUGAACUCACAAAUUUACAAUUGUGAGUCGAGCGCUGUAAUCGCACACCACAUGGCCAGUGGCAUCUAGAACCGAGAUUUGUAGAUUAGGGGUUCUCGACCAUGUAGUUACUAUGGCCCUUACAGGGAGCUGGAGCACUGGCACCAUGAACUGCCUUGUUUUGUCUACUUGUCAAUGGCACAGUUCCCCUCAAUGUAAACUCUGCUGCCUUUUUCUUCUCUCCCUGAUUACAAGUAAGCCAACACUUUAAUAACAAUGGUAUUCACAAUCUACAUGUUUAGUUGAGCAUGCAGUAGUGUUCAUCUCAUGAGCCAGUGGAGGAAAUUACACAUUUGUAUACUUGAGACUCUAAUAUUCGUGUCACUACCACUGCUGACUUCUUCCACAUUGGUUUUAGAUUUAUUGACAGACAUACUGUUGGAAGUAUUAUUUGGGCCAGUGCUUUAUAAUGUCUGUUUAAAUUACCAUUCACGUACGUACGUAGAACCACAAUCAGAAAAUUAAUACUCGAAUUAGGACAAAAGUCAGCGUUUCUCUUUUCAAACAAGCAAUUUUGUAGCACUCAACUCUAUUGGUGGUCCAGAGCCUGUAGUGGAGAUAGUUUUAAUAUGAUGACCACUCUAACCACAUAACCUCCAGGCUGGUUUCGGGAAUAUUGUAUAGUGCACUUCUAUAUUAAAUGUCCAAAUACACAAAUUCUAUUUUUAUUUUCUCCCAAAUAUGGACUCUUAUGUGGUCAUCGAGGUCUACUGCUUACAUCUCCUUGGGGUCUGUGGACCUGGUUGAGAACCCCUUUUAUAAUCUCUCAGGUUCCAGGCAGUAACUGGUGCUAUGCAAUGGUUGCAUGCUGUCGGAUUGCUCCCAUUGGAAAUUCACAUCGUUAAUUGAUUAAGUACCAUCGCAUUGCUGUGUGCUACUAAUAUUCCCGUAAGUAAAAUUGGGAAGAACUUGUCACACAAUGCACGAAAAAAAAUUAUGAAAGACUGUCCAAAAUUUCACACCUGAAAUAAGCCACAGUUGGUACUUUUUUGCCAUGUGCUAUUUAAUUUAUCAGUAAUUGCGUUGCACGUAUAAUGAUCACGGUGAAGUGGCACAUGCACUGACAUGCUAAGCUGUGGACAGAGAAUUGUGUUGCACAAAGACAUCGGACUGCGACAUUACCAGUUUUUGGGAGUAACAUGUUGCUAAUUGGAUUAAAAAGGCAGGUUCUGGUAGUCUCAUUAUUAACCUGUUUCUUCAAUGUGUUAGCAGAAUAUCACUACUUGGGAUGUACCAUAUGGUUACCAUUACUUUCAUUGAAACCAAAUGUACUGUUAUUUCAAAAACAAUUCAAAGGGAAAUUAUUACAAAUCCAACUUAAUUUUAAGACAGCAGCCAAUUCAUGUAUAUGUAGAUCAUGAUAUAAAGCCUGUAAUAAUAUUUAAAUUAUGUUAUUUCUUUAACAGCAAACCAACAUAGUGGACAUCACUGGUGAAUUCUUAAUCUACGUGAUCUGGCAAAUGACUCUUAAAAGAAACCUACAAUUUGUCAAGCAUAGCAUUUCACUUACUCAUUGUUCAUUUGUACCAGAACUGCCAGGGCAUGUGUAAAUUCAGUGGUGGUAGUCAUGGCUCACACAGUCCCAAGAUCGUUUGGCUAAUAGUAAUAACUAGAUUUCCAGUCCACUGAGUAAAAAGGAUUUUAACCUUGAUUUGAAGCUGUCGUGACUGCAUGGAAUCCACACUCUUUGGUUCUUUCAGUAAAGUCACGUGGGAAGAAAAAAAAUAAUAAUAAUAGAUCACGACGUUCCGAUCGCAACACAAGCAAUCGUCAUCAGGUGAGACAACUACAGCAAGAAAACGUAUUCAGCAGUUUUCUUGCUGUAGCAAGACGAUUUGCUUGUUGUUGCGAUCGAAACGUCGUGAUCUAAUCUUUUUUUCUACCCACCACGUGACUUUACCGAGAGAUCCAAAGAGAAAGGAUUUUAACAUUUGUGUGAUACGUUUUUUAAAAUUCCUGGUAGAAACAGCAGCCCUAAUGCAUACAGCGAACCAGUGAUACAUUAUCCCAGUUACACCACUGAACCAUCAUGAUACAAUUACAGCCGCACUUUCUGGAAUGAAAAUGUCAAUUGCACUUCUCAUGAACAAAGAAAGCAACUACUGCUUUUUUAUGGAAGGUAAAUAAGGGACUGCAUUGACAGUUGUGCACAAACAAGAUGAAAUACACCACUCCGCCAUCUUCAUGAACACUGCCUUGAAUCGGGGAAAAAAUGUAUGUCUUGAGAAAUAAAAAGGCAGCCACGAUAUUGACCGACUUAAAUAUAUCAGAUGUCUACAAAUAUAUUUCUUCAAGCUUACCACAUUGUAAAAAUCCAUCUCCAACUACUGUGUCAAAAUCUUCUCUACGCUCCAAAAAAAACUGCUGUUUGUCUGAAAUGUUAUUCUAAUGUAUAUUUCCCUAUUACUGGGCAGGGUUUAAUGAAGGUGGCCGAGCUUUUUGUUGUCUUGCAAUCACUGCUCAUAAUUGACCAUAAUACAGUAGAAUUAGAUUUGCUCCAAGCCUAAUUCGCACACUGCGUAAGCACACAGGUCACCAACUGCUACCUCACUUGACGUGUGAGCUGUCAAGUGUUACGAGGUUAGUGAUGAAUGUGAGUUAUACUCUACAGUCCCCGUCCAUUCAUAUUGUGCUGUCACGUUGAAGCCAAAGUACAUUCGUGUAACCUACAAGCUAAACUAUGCCUUAAAGAAUAUAUGGGGGAGCCAAAUGAGAUACAUGACGAGAGACUUUUUUUACAAUUUGGUCCCUUGUUCCCAUACAUCGCCACUGUUAAAUCUGUCAUCUUUAACACGCAACAGAGCAUACACUGUUACUAAAUAAUGUAGUUAUUUUUGUCGUGACGAUGACAUCCUCCCUCCUCCUCUGUUCUGCUCGAGAAACUGAGCUUUUGUUCGUGACUAAACUCGUGUUUAAAAGAAGUUAAAAUACUUUGUUCAAAUGUUUUCAGACCUGACAAAAAAUAUUUUCCAUUUGUGGCAGACCGGUUAAGAAAGGCCGUAUACUUUACUGGAGUUGUAUACUAGAUACAUUUCUACGUCGACUAGCCUUAAUUACCAGGAAAAAAGCAAAGGAGACUUCUUAAUAUAAAAAUUGACCACAACCACUAGCAGAAUUAAGUUAUUCAGAAAUAGAUUUCAGUAUUUUUUUGUACAUCGUUCAUUUGUUUUACAGAGUGAAAUUCGGGUAGUCUAUUGUUUCAACCAGAACUGUUAUUGAAAUCAACGAAUACAAUGUUAUAUUGUUCACGGUGCAGAUGUUCUUAAGAUAGUUAUUCCAUCUUAAUGGGUGCUUGUUUGCAUAAAACGUCCUUUAUACGUAUAUCCAGCCAGAGGCGUGAUGCGCACAUUGAAUUGAAACCCAAAGACAAUCUACAAAUGUGUGCAUCGCUCUUUACGUUUCUAUAAGUACUGUACUGUAAUUUUUUUAAAGCAUAUAAAUACUGUAUAUUGUUGGAGAAAUAUGUACAUUUUGUAUCGACUUUGCAACUUUUUUCUGUGCUUCAGUUACCUUCUGUAAAUGUUUUGAAUUCAGAGGUUGUAUAUUUGGUUUAUGAGACUGAUGAAUGUAUAGCUUUUUGUUAAUAAACAUGACUGCAGUA